UUAAGUGUAGACAGUGAUCGCGGUUUUUGCAGCUGCAUGGAGGCGGAAGGAGACGCGGGUCACAAAAGUGCCGUACGUUUGUGCAAGAAGUGCAACACGCGCAGAUGUAGACAAGUACAGCCAAGGGGAAAGGUCGUGUUAUUGUUCAUUUACCGACAGGUCGUAAAACUCGGUGCUCCGGAAAUGCUCGUAUAACAGAUGUUACAGAUUUUGACACGCUGGUCGACAGUGUAGUCGUUGCGCUAAACUAUAUGCUAUUAGCAGGCUGUCGGUUCAAUUUAAUUGUGGUAAAGGGCAGUGAGAUGAGAUACCAAAUGCUCUUUAAGCCACUGUUACGGUUUUUGUAGUUUUCAGGUUUUUGUAGGUUUUCUGUUGUUUGAGGGAUAAGAAAUACUUAGUUAAAGCCGUGAGAGGGAUUGUGUUUGCCGUAAGGAGAACAGGAUGAUUAAAAACUGGGGUGUAAUCGGUGGGAUUGCUGCUGCAGUUGCAGUUGGAGUUUAUGUUUUGUGGGGCCCAACUACGGAGAAAAAGAAGAAAAAGAGAGGUAUGGUUCCUGGUCUGCUGAACUUGGGGAACACUUGCUUCCUGAACUCUUUGCUUCAGGGUUUAGCAGCAUGUCCAUCUUUCAUCAAGUGGCUGGAGAAACUUUCAUGUUUGCCUUCAGUCCUGUCCCAAAAAGACAAACAGCUGUCCAUCACACUGCUCCAGCUUCUAAAAGCUGUUUGUGUUUCUACAGCUUUGUCUAGCGAUGAACCUGGAAAUGAAAAUGUACUUGAUGCUGGCUGUCUCUUGGAUGUUCUCAGGCUUUACCGGUGGCACAUUAGCUCAUUUGAAGAGCAGGAUGCUCAUGAACUGUUCCAUGUUUUGACAUCAUCGCUGGAGGAAGAACGGGAUUGUCAACCUAAAGUUGCUCACUUGUUUGACAUGCAGUGCCUAGAGAGUCUUCCUGAUCAAGGUGAAGAAACAAUGACCUGCAGCAGUCGAGCCCCUCUUCAUCCCAUACCAAGCCCCUGGAAGUUUCAGCAUCCUUUUCACGGCCGUCUAACGAGUAACAUGUCAUGCAAACGCUGUGAACAACAAAGUCCGGUGCGAUAUGAUUCAUUUGAGAGUCUGUCUCUGUCCAUCCCUGUGCCUCAGUGGGGUCGACAGAUUUCCAUUGAUCAGUGUCUCCAACACUUCAUCUCUUCAGAAACCAUCAAAGAAGUGGAGUGUGAGAACUGCACAAAGCUUCAACAACAGACCAUGAUAAAAGUCCUGGAAAGUCAGAGAACAACUUUUGUGAAACACCUAAAACUAGGGAAGCUUCCACAGUGUCUGUGUAUCCAUUUACAAAGACUGACGUGGUCCAGUGAAGGAACCCCAAUUAAGCGGCAGGAACAUGUUCAGUUCUCCGAAUACCUCUCGAUGGACCGCUACAAACAUAAUGUGUCAACACAGAGAAACAUGCAGCUUCGCUGUACAGCUAAGUCAGCAAAUGUAGAAAACACAGACAAACCCACAGAUAAUGGCAUCGAUGCAGAGCGUCAUAACAACAACAAUCCUUUUUCCAAUGGAAACUGUUCAUCUUUAUUUCAUCUGUCACCUGGAGCGAAUCUCAUCUAUGACUACAAUUCCCCAGAGUACUACUUCCUGCUCACAGCUGUGCUGGUUCACCACGGUGACAUGCACUCAGGACAUUUUGUCACAUACCGCCGGAGCCCUUCCUCUCCUCGCAGCUGCUCACCCUUCAGCUCCCAGUGGCUCUGGGUGUCGGACGACUCCGUAAGAAAGGCCAGUCUGCAGGAGGUGCUGUCUUCUAACGCCUACAUGCUCUUCUACGAAAGAGUCCAAAGGCCGAUCCUGGCUCUGCAUUCAGGAGUAAACGGACAGACAGACUUGUGAUUAUGUCAGUUACCAUGGUUUCUCUACCAGCAGAGGUUGACUUUGAGACUAGAAAGGAAAGCCAUGGCAGAGUGAAUGUGGGAGUUAACUUUGUAUCAAGGACCACAGCAGCAUGUCAGGCAUUAAUGUUGGAUGUUGCUGAUUUUGUAAACUGUGUACAAUUUGCUAUUUUGCGAAAGAUUACGGGCCCAAUUUAUAAUCAAACAUCUAAAACAACAGUUCUGGUCUUGUAAUAGCAAGAGUAAAGUAAAUAAAACACACAGGGGGUUAUUGUGCAUUUAAGACAACAGUGUUGCACUUUUUUUUUCAAGCGGUUUGGUAUUUAAUGUAAUAAAUUAGUAAAACUACUAUUCUCAGGCUGGACAGGUUGAGAAAUCAUGAUUUUGGUUUUAUACGAUAAGCAACCACUAAAGCCAAGAUGAGGGCAUUGUUUAAGAUCAGUGCUGUAGUGCUGCACCCAUCGUUAAAACUUAAAUUACACCUGAUUUAAAACAUUUAAAAUAUGUGUUGCCUUAAAUAAUGUUGGAUAUGACACCAUCAUAGAUGUGUGGUGGCCUAUUAAAAAUUAUUGGGAAAUUAUUCUGUAUGAUUCCUUUUUUUUAUUCUGACAUCUCUACCAAUAGAGGAACUAUUUUUUUCAGAUAAAACCAGUUCUCCUGUGAGUUAUUUGAGGUACAAAAUUAUUUCCAGCUUUAUAUUGACUUUUUGUGAAUGUUCUACAGAUGGUUUAAACUUUGCUGGUUUUUGGUCAAACAAGAAAAUUACUGCAGGUUUUAGAAGCUAUUUAGUAUAAUUGUAUUUUUCUGUGUAAAUUUUAGCUUCAAGUUUGGCUCCGUCCAAAUCAGCCAUGUGAAUGUGGCCUGAUGCAAAGUCCUUUGUCACCUGUUUCUGCAAUUUGCACUAAUGUUUAUUCAUAUGAGGAUAUGUGUAUUAAUGUAAAGUAUGUGAAGAUAAUGGUUUUGGUAUUAAAAUGGAAAAACAAAACGUGAUCACUAAAGACA